AUGGAGGACCGUCUGGGGGCGCUGACAGAGGUCGAGCUCAAGCCCGGCGGCUCAGCCAUCCCUGUGACGUCGUCCAACGUGGUCGAGUACGUCCACCGCGUGGCCGACUUCCGCCUGAACCGCCAGAUGGCCGGCGCCGUCAGCGCGUUCCUGCGCGGCUUCUUUGACCUGGUCAAACCGGGCUGGGUCUCCGCCUUCAACGAGUGGGAGCUGCAGGCGCUCAUCAGCGGCAGGGAGACGGGGGAGGGCGGGCUGGACGUCGCGGACAUGCGGGCCCACACAGUGUAUGCGGGCGGCUACCACGACGAGGGCCACCCGGUGAUACAGGCGUUUUGGAGGGUCGUCGCGUCGCUCACCCCGGCGCAGCAGCGCGGCCUGCUCAAGUUCGCCACCGGCUGCUCGCGGCCGCCGCUGCUGGGGUUCGCGCACCUGGAGCCGCCGCUCUGCGUGGCCAUGGCGGGGGGCGUGCUCGAGGACGCAGGCACCGAGCGGCUGCCCACGAGCAGCGCAUGCAUCAACACAUUGAAGCUGCCCCCCUAUGGCGGGCCGUCGCCGGAGCAGGCGGAGCGGCGCAUGCGCGACAAGCUGCUGUAUUCCAUCGAGUCGAAAGCCGGGUUUGACCUGAGCUGA